ACAUGAUUCUCUUGCGUGUCGUGCUCUUGGAACGAAUAUAUUAAUAGAAAUAGAAAUGCUUGCCGGGAAUGUCAAUUCACGUGUUAAGCACAGUAAAUAUAAAAGAGAUUAUCUGGUAAUUCUGGGGGCUCCUGAAUUGAAUUCUGCCCCCGGCUAUAUAAUAAUAAACGAAAAGAAAACUUAUGCCCCCAGAACUACUGUGCUCACCUUAAGGCCGCAGUCUAUAAUUGAAGCUUCAGCACCCGACGACGUCAAUUGUGAUGGCUCCGUUCUGGAUAUAUUAAGAAUGAGAAAAUCUUUCUCGUUGCGCUUGCAAUCCGAUCUUCACGGCUGGCUAGUAAUAUGCUUUUUCUUCUUCGAUAUGAGAAUUAUGGGAGUUAGGUUUACCAAGCUGGGCGAAAAAGACAACGAAAAGCUCAAAGCUCAUGUAGAUAAGAAAAGAAGAAAUGCAGAACAAUAUGUGAAGUGGAUGUUAGAAAGUGGGCUAUUGGAGCGGUUAGAAAAGCCGAGGGCGCAACAAACACUGCAAGAUGCCUUUCAAGAAAAAGAAGGUCACCAUGUUUGA